CUCAGGGGCGCCAAGCAGGGGAGUGAGUCAUAAGGCUGAGCAUAAUUAGUCAUUAUGCAUUCCCUUGGGCUUGGGGCCCUCAGACCCCGCAGCCCCGCUAUCAUGUGAAGUUCUUCCUUCAGCUCUGAGAAGCAUUCAGCUGCAGCUCGAGCAAAACAAUACACAUAAAUACUUCAACAUUAUCCACGCAACCAUCGAUCACUUGCAUCACGACCUACAAUUCCCCUCAACUCGUCACUGUCAAAAACACCCAACCCCAACCUCCACCUACACACAAAAGAAAAAAAAAAAUCAUGCCCACCUUCACUGAACAACCCCUCUACGGAGGCGCCAUCCAAGGCAUCGUCCCCCAAGGCUGGAUUGACGCGAGCACCCUCCGCGAAAUCCCCGACCACCAAGAACUCUACCUCUCCCCCACAACCCUCUCCUCCCUAAUCAUUGAAGUGAACCAAUUCGUGCCCAACACGACCGCGCAACUCACACUCAAUUCCCACCCGAGCCUCCUCCCUGCUGCGAGCCAAAGCCUCCCCGAUCCCGACCAGGAAACCCUCAACCACGCCGCCACCAUCCACCACCUCCUCGACAUCUGUGACCCCGCCGAUACACUCACCAUUACCUCGGCCCCGAGGCGGGUCUCGCUGGCGAAGUUUCCGGGUCAGGUGGCGGGGUAUAUUGGGACGGCGACGUUCACCUCCAAGGUGGAGGAUGCGAGGGGAAGGGGGAAGGAGGGGCAGGGGCUGCAGCAGAGAGUGGCGGGGGGAGCGGGGGACACCGCGGCAGGGGCUGCUGCGGCGGGAUCGAGUGGGGAUGGGGCGUUGACAACAACCACGCUGUGCUGGUUCUUGUUGGUGCGGUUGGUGGAACAGGAGACUGAUCUGUUGGUGUUGGUGAAUGUGCCGCAGAAGGAGUUUGAGGAGCGCGGGGAUGUGGAGGGGUUGCGGCAGGAGGAGGCGAUUGGGGAGGGGGUGGUGGAGGAGUUGGUGAAACGGCUGGAGGUGAAGGAGUGGGAGUUGUUUGCUUGAUGCAUGUAUGUCCUGUCUGUCCUCUUUGACAGAGGUGUGUGUAUCUCGGGUAAGGAUUACGGACACUCUUGGGCCUGGGUGGGGGAUGAAUCGGUUAUGCAGUGGUACGUGGAGGUUACGAAUAUGGAAUGACAAGGGAGGGAGGGCUCCUCAGAUGCUCACAUAUAUAUAGAUAGUAGAUAGUUAUUGGCAAAUUGCCCUUGUAUAGAUAGAUACCUAGGUGGUAAUGAAUCAAUCAAAGAC